UUCAAUUGAGGACAAACAUGAUGACAGUGAAAUGAGGAGGAAAGAUCACCUCUCUCAUUUCAUUCUGCGCCUUGCUUAUUGUCAAACAGAAGACUUAAGACGUUGGUUUAUUCAGCAAGAGCUGGAUCUGUUUCGGUUUCGAUUCAAUGAACUUCCAUUGGACAAGCAACAACAAUUUCUUAAACACAAUGAUCUGGACUACAAUGCUAUUACUGCAGAGGAAAAGGAAGCUGUACAUAAAAACGUGAUUGAUGGAAGUAGACUGAGUACAAUUAAAAUGGAAUUCUUAUUGAUUUACAAGAUCCACUUUACUGAUGCUAUCGAUCUAAUCCGAAAUAGAAAAGUCUACCUUAACAGAGGAUAUGCCUAUGUACCUCACCCAGAGAUUGUGAUCAUAGUCCUGAAUGAAUUCCGACAAAUCCUUUCCAAGGCUUUGGCAUUGACAAAGAGAUCACUUCCUGUGAUAGAGUCAGACGAGCGGCUCCAGCCACUGCUAAACCACCUCAGCCAUGCAUAUGUUGGACAAGACUACAGCAUGCAAAAGAAUGUUGGGAAAAUCUCAUUGGAACAGAUAGAUGGUCUGGCUGUAAAAUCCUUCCCCCUGUGCAUGCGCCAGUUGCACAAGGCUUUACGAGAUAACCAUCACCUUCGGCAUGGCGGCCGAAUGCAGUAUGGACUUUUCCUGAAGGGAAUCGGUGUCACUUUGGAACAAGCUUUGCAGUUUUGGAGAUCCGAAUUUAUAAAAGGCAAAGUGGAUGCAGAAAAGUUUGAUAAAUUGUACUCCUACAAUAUACGCCACAGCUUUGGAAAGGAAGGGAAGAGGACAGACUACACUCCGUACAGCUGCAUGAAGAUCAUUCUGUCUAACCUCCCAAGUCAAGGGGACUAUCAUGGAUGUCCGUUCCGCCACAGUGAUCCAGAGCUCCUAAAGCAGAAGCUGCAAUCGUACAAAAUUCCUUCUGCAGGAAUAACUCAGAUCCUGGAUUUAGUCAAGGGGAUGCAUUACCAGCUGGCCUGUCAGAAAUACUUUGAACUGACACACAAUGUUGAAGAAGUAGGAUUUUCCCACAGUCACCCCAAUCAGUACUUUCUUGAAAGCCAGAGGCUGCUCAAUGUUGGUCGAGAUGUAAAGAAAGAGCCCAGCCCGCCAGAAGGUUCCCAGAGAAGCCAAAACAGUCAGCCAGCAAGGCCUGCUAGCGUCUCUGCACCCAAAUCUGCAGACCGACUAGCCUCGGAGGAAUUAGAAAUGAUAUUCAGUGAUGGAUAAGAUGUUCGUGAUUAUUAAUAGAAUGGUAUCUGAUAUCCAAAGAGGUGUGUUUUGUUACCACAUUCAGACACAUAUUCUUAACAGAUUAUAUGCAAAUGAUGGCCUUUCUGAUAUAAUUGGGUAAAUGAGGUGAGUUCCGACCUAGCAUGUAUGUCCGAUAAGUUUAUUAAUCUGAUAGAAAUCCUAGGACAAUUCCAAGAAAGAGAGCACAUGACAAGUUUUUUUUUCACAGCGUUUUAUACAGAGACUGGUUUUGCACGUGUGGUGCUAGCUGUCUGACUAUGAAUGGUGAGGUUCACGUACAUGAUGCAAGUUGAUUGCAGCAGUACCCUUGGGGUAGAAAUUGUUCUAAAUCCAUUCUACCGCCCGUGUAGUAAGAUGCCUUCGCCCCGUGCAUUAAGCUUGUGUCGCACCAGCAAAAUUGAUUACUUGUUGGAAUUGAAGCAUGUACAUUUAGAAUAGUCUUUAAGCCAGCCUAAGUGAAGAAAUAUUAAAACCUAAGCUGCUGCUGUUUAGUGAAGGCCUUGAUGUUGACAGGUUGCACACUUCACGGGGUUUUACAAAACUGUCUCUUUCUUCACGACUGGUCUACAUCAUUGCUCUGAAUUGUAGUCUGUACCUAAUGGAUUCACCGUCAUUAGCUGUAUUACAAGCUUCGCUGCCUUGUAAUGCGGUCUGUUCUUUCUCAUUGCCCAUCAGGUGAAGCAUAAGUGUGUUAUACAACACCCUCCAUCAUACUUGCAGAUUUGCAAACCCCGUUCACAAAUAUAUUUACAUUUCCGUGCAGUUAUUCUCAAGAUAGAACCAUUAUAGAACCAAAUUAAUGAAGGCACACGCAUGUAUUUUUGCAAUACCAUUUUUCUUUAUUAACUUAAAUAAAUAAGCAAUUUGCAAAUUAUAGUUCAGAAACUUUUUCUUUUCAUGAAUUAAAGGUAAUCCCUUAAACGAA